AUGGCUCCCAUGGUACCGCUGCUGGCAUCGAGGUGGAAUUCAGUGGCAUCAAAUGGAGUAAUACGCGCGGGUUCCUUCGUGGGUGUGAUGGGUCCGUCAGGGUCAGGGAAGUCAACUUUGGUCAAGGUACUCACCGGAAGGGCCCAACCCACAACUGGAUCGGUUCUCAUCAAUGGUGACACUUGUCGAGCAGCAGAACUACGCGAUUUGCUGGCGCUCGUCCCUCAAGAUGAUAUAAUCCUUCCGGAUCUGACGGUCCAGGAGAACAUUCUCUAUUCAUCAAGGGUUCGAAUCGGAAGUUCACGGAAAGAUAGUGAGAUUGAACAAUACGUCGACCAUCUUAUAAUUAGUCUGGGACUGAAUAAGGUGCGGAAUCGACUCAUUGGAGAAGUGGGCAAAAGAGGUCUUUCCGGCGGCGAACGAAAACGCGUCAAUAUCGCUCUCGAGCUGGCUGCAGUGCCCGGCAUUAUUGUCCUCGAUGAACCUACAUCUGGUUUGGACGCGAUGACUGCCCUUUCGGUAAUUGAGCUUCUCAAGUCCUUGACAAAACAGGGCGUGAUUGUGAUUUGCGUAAUUCACCAGCCACGACUCGAGAUCUUUGCAGCACUGGAUGACCUUCUGCUAUUGAAUCAUGGACGGCAGGUCUAUUUUGGUUCGGCUGCGGCUGCUAAACAAUGUUUCCAGGAUGCAGGAUAUACGUUUCCACUCAACUCCAAUCCCACUGAUACGAUGAUGGAUAUCAUGUCAUGUCAUGACAAUCUUCAUCUCACCGACUAUCCAAGGAACAAACCUGCGCUCCCGAAACAGAAUUUGCGCAUAGAUGUGCGGCCGGUCCAGCCGGCGUGA